AUGGAAACAAAAUCCUCCAGUUCCUCCGCCAAUCUAGUAGAUCAAUUAGUGUUUCCUGGAGAUGUGGUUCUUGACCUGUCUAGCAUGACAAACCACACAAUAAAACUUGGAGGCGGUCUACGACAGGACUGUGAUGCAAUUUCUGCAAUGAAAGCUGGCAUACUAAGGUUCUCAAAGCCCAAUAAAUACUGGGUUGAAAAUUCUCAGAAGAGGUAUGUGCCACGUGUGGAGGAUUCUGUUCUUGGAAUUGUUGUAGACUCCAGAUCAGAUAACUUUCUUGUGGACAUAAAAGGACCAGCUAUAGCAUUUUUACCGGUGCUUGCAUUUGAAGGAGGAACUAGAAGAAAUAUACCUAAGUUUGAGAUAGGUACUUUGCUAUAUCUGCGGGUCGUCAAAGCAAACCCUGGAAUGAAUCCAGAGCUGUCAUGCACUGAUGCUACUGGGAAAGCAGCAGAAUUUGGUACUCUAAAAGAAGGCUAUAUGUUUGAAUGUACAACUGGUCUCUCAAGGAGGCUUCUCAGUUCGCCCCCAUGUCCAGUUCUUGAUGCCUUAGGGAAGAAACUUUCCUUUGAGAUUGCAGUUGGCUUAAAUGGACGUGUUUGGGUCAAUGCAGCAUCUCCACACACAACUAUUCUCGUAGCUAAUGCGAUCAUAAAUUCAGAGACACUGAGUGGUGCUCAACAGAGAAUAAUGGUUGAAAAGUUGCUACAGAAAAUCCACAUAAUAUGCUGGUUUUGCCAUUGUAAUCUUGUGUCAUUUCCAGCUCAUGAAGUGCGCCACCAAAUACCAAUACUUCUGAAGGGCGAGCACUCUCCACUUACUGAAGGGCACGAUAGAUUAUCAACACCUUCAUAUUUAAUGUGA